AUGUCCAAAAACGACACUGAUGAGGAUCACGACUAUGAUCCACCCGAGACACAAUCCCUAAUCGACAAGUCCACCAUUAAUCUAGAGGAGCAGAAGCCAAAGAGGAACAAAAUCGACCUGAUCAUCGUCUUCACAGUUCUCUUCCUAUCCGAAGCUGCCAGAGGUAUUGUCGUACCAACCAUCGCCGAAUAUGUAACUAGUAAUGGAGGUACAGCUACAUUCCUAGGCAUUGUCAUUGCCUCAUUCAGCACAGGUAGACUACUCUCCACCAUCCUUCUUGGAUAUGUAUCCACCAAGGUAUCAUAUAGAUUGGUAUUUGUAGUAUCAGUUAUAAUAUGUAUCAUUGGAUCAUUCUUUUACUCAUUUGCAUACUACAGACCUGUUAGUAUGCCUUUUAUUAUAGUUGCCAGGUCGUUGCUUGGUUUUGGCGCUGGUACAUUGAGUGUUGUCCGCGCCUAUGUGGCCCAAGUCACCACAUCCAAGGAGAGAACAUCAUUUGUUGCCAUCUCUGGUGCCGUCCAAUUCCUUGGAUUCGCAGUCACUCCAUCUUUUGGCUCACUACUGGCACUCGUUCCAACCUUCUACAUUGGUUCCAUCAUGUUCAACGCUUACACACUACCAUCGUGGCUGUUGAUCAUUGCCAAUGUUGGCCUGAUCCUCUUGCUCUGUCUGGUCUUCAAGGACCCAGAGCCCGUCACACCACUGCCCAAGAGGAAGUCGGCCAUCAACGAGUCUGAGGAGGCCCCACUUGCAAUCAACUCUUUUGAUGGUAGGACCGAGGGAGGAUUGACUGGCGUCGAGGAGGAGAUGCCCCAGGUCAAGACAGUGGCGCCAUCGAUUUGGCGCACAAUCUGGGAAGACAAGUCCCUGCUACUUCAGCUGGUGGUGUUCGUCACUAUCAACUUCUUCAUUCGUUCGGCACUCGGCAUAUUCGAGACACUUGGCGCACCAAUCUACAACAAGUUGACCAACAGUGAGAGCACAUCUGGCUUCUACUUUGGCGGUCUGGGUCUGCUGGGAGUUGGCGUGCUGCUUGGAAUCAACCUCAUGUCCAAGCGUGGCGUCCGUGACUUUUACAUCCUCAUCGUCGGCAACAUUGUCAUGGUGGCCGGCUGCACCGUGAUGAUCACAGCGCACGAGGACCUCUACCACUUUGUGAUUGGCACCUUCCUGAUUUGGGUCAUCGGUUUCCCGCUGGCUCAGACAGUGGUCGUGUCAAUGUUCUCCAAGAGGAUCUCGGCCACACUGGGCAAGGCUUCACAGGGUACCCUGAUGGGUAUCAUUGGUGCCGCGGGCUCUGGUGGCAGGAUUGUUGGACCACUUAUUUCUGGAUGGCUGUACACAAACUACUCAACAGCUGCCGUAUUCUCUUAUGCCACUGGACUAACAGUCGUGGCACUGCUUGUCUGUCUGUUGGUUGUACCAGAGGAUAUCAAGGACAGCAUAUUCCGUUCAAACAACAACCAAGUACCUUUGAUCAGUCCUGUUUCCAAGUCGUCCUCGCCAAGGCUGUAA